AUGACAAGACGACCCAGCAGCUUCUGUCCGAACACCACAAUCACACCACCCUCCUCGCCUACCGACAGCGAGAUUCUAUUACAGGAGAUAGCGCUGCAGGGAAUUAGCAUUAGAAGCGUCGGUCCCCGUGCUGAAGCUGCCCACCGGCUUGCUAUCGCGCAAUCUGCGCCCGCAGGUGAAGCUAUCGAGACCACCGAGAUUGGCGACCGACAGGACCACACCAGCGCGUCAAGCCAAGGCAACAAUUCUAAACAUUCCGAACACGAGACAGAUGUCUACGAGAUCGAUCUCAUACACGCAGUUCUUGAGGAGAAGCAGUAUUGGUCAGAAGAGGCGGAGGCAGAGGCGGAGGCUACAUUCUAG